AUGACUCAAAACCAGAAUGAAAUAAUAUUAAAUAUGAGUAAAAAUGACGACAUCAACGACUUUCAGCCCAAAAUUAUAAGCUAUCACUCAAGCCCAAGACCUGUAAGACUUAUAAACCUCAACCAAUGCCCCAAUCAGGGCAGACUUUCCAAUUUAAAACCUUUAGAAAACUGUUUAAACCCUCCAAAAGUGCCUCCGAGAUGCAUAAGUGUGGGCCCAGUUUGCAAAAGAAAUCUAUUCUUCAAAGAAGAUAAGUCAGCAUUGCCAAAACCCAUCAGCAAGCCUCCAAAUGAGCUGAUCUUAAUUCCAAAACCUCCCUCUGAGACAAGUUUAACCAGCAAAAAAUGCACUCCAAGAUUAAGGCGAUACAAAAUUGCUUUUGAAGAAAGCUCAACUGCAACUUCUAGUGUCGAGUCCAAUCCCCAAAAAAAAACAAAUAAAGAAAUCGAAGUCCUAAAUCAGCUUUGCAAUCAGCUGCUAAAAGAACAAGACGAACUUAGGCAGCAAUUGAAAGAGCAAGAAGAUCAAAUCCAGUUCAUCAGGUCUUCUAACUCCCCCCCCCUCCGUGAGUGAACAAAAAAAUUUUGUUCACUCACGGAGGGUUAAUUUUUUUAUUUUAAAAAAAUUUAUAUAUAAAUUUUAUAGAAUUUUUUUUUUUCGAAUUUUAAAAAAAUCCCAAUUUGCAAAAAUUGGAAAGCAAAUAUUAAUUUAAUUUAUAAAAUUUAUGUUUUAAAAAGCAAUCUGUUUAAAAUUAAACAGAAUUAGCUUUAGAUUUCAUUAUAAUAAUUAUCACUUAUAUAUCAAAAUUUUUAUCCAUAAAAAAUUUUUCUAUUAAAAAAAUAUUUGUUCACUCACGGAGGGUGGGUCUUUGUGCAAAAAAAUGGCGAUUUUUCUAAUGGUUUUGUUCACUUACGGAGGGGGGGAGUAAAGAAAAAAAUGUGAGACUUCGCAAAGAGCCACUUAAAUUGUUCCAAAUCGCAGUGUCUCAACUGGAGAAAGAAAGAAAAAUCAGGUGCAUCAAUUCCUCACGGUCGAUAACUCCUUGGAGAAAUGGAAGCCAAGAAAAACAUAGAUCGCCUGAGGUGAGCCAGUUACCCUUGGCAUUGAAUUUGUCAUUCAAAAAUAGCCAGGCUUCGAAUGAAAAUUCGGAGGAACUUGUCACUUUUCGUAGCAGACAUUUGUGGUCAAACCAAAAUUCGCCAAAAAAACAAUUCCGCUUUCCAAGGGAAAUUUUUAGCAGGCAUAAUAGAAAAACGAAAGAACAGAGUUAA